UUGCCGAGGCGGAAUGCAGUAGGCGGGGCCGCGAGCCUUGUGUCAAACUUUGGGAAUGACACCAGGAGUGCUGCAGGAUUCGCAAAGAAGGGAAAGUGUCGCCCUUGUUGCCGCUCCUUGGAUUUCUUGGGAUUUCUUUUUCUUUUUUAAACGCCCAGCCUGUGGAGUCGAGACUUUUUCUUCGACGGUGUCAAAUUGCAUAUACCUCAGCCAUGUCGGAGGACCUGAGUUCCCAACCGUGGUCCAUUCGUAAAGAUGACUAUGAGCUCCAAGAGGUGAUUGGGAGCGGGGCCACAGCUGUGGUUCAAGCCGCCUACUGCACACCGCGCAAGGAGAAGGUGGCCAUCAAACGCAUCAACCUGGAGAAGUGCCAGACCAGCAUGGACGAACUCUUGAAAGAGAUCCAGGCCAUGAGCCAGUGCCACCACCCAAACAUCGUGUCUUACUACACCUCAUUCGUGGUGAAGGAUGAGCUGUGGCUGGUCAUGAGGCUACUAAGUGGCGGCUCAGUGCUGGAUGUGAUCAAGCACAUCAUCUCACGAGGCGAGCACAAAACGGGCGUCCUGGACCAGGCCAGUAUAGCCACCGUCCUAAAAGAUGUGCUCGAAGGCCUCGAGUACCUGCACAAGAAUGGACAGAUACACAGAGAUCUCAAAGCUGGAAACAUUCUUCUGGGAGAAGACGGUUCUGUGCAAAUCGCAGACUUUGGCGUGAGCGCCUUCCUAGCCACAGGCGGCGACAUGACCCGAAAUAAAGUGCGCAAGACGUUUGUGGGAACGCCGUGCUGGAUGGCGCCCGAAGUCAUGGAGCAGGUCAAGGGCUACGAUUUCAAAGCGGACAUCUGGAGUUUCGGGAUCACGGCCAUCGAGUUGGCCACCGGGGCGGCGCCGUACCACAAAUAUCCCCCGAUGAAGGUGCUGAUGCUAACGCUGCAGAACGACCCGCCGGGUCUGGAGACCGGCGUCACCGACAAGGAGAUGGUGAAGAAGUACGGCAAGUCCUUCAGGAAGAUGAUCUCCAUGUGUCUACAGAAGGAUCCAGAAAAAAGGCCAACAUCGUUGGAGUUGCUGAAGAAUAAAUUCUUCCAGAAAGCUAAGACCCACGACUACCUCCUUGAUAAACUUCUUCAGAGGGCUCCCACAAUAUCAGAGCGGUCCAAAAGGGUACGUCGCGUUCCGGGUUCCAGCGGGCGUCUGCACAAGACUGAGGACGGCGAGUGGGAGUGGAGCGACGACGAGCUGGACGAAGAGAGCGAAGAAGGCAAAGCCGCCGUGGCCGCCUUGAGGUCGCCGAGAGUGAAGGAGGCGUCGCAGAACUCAGAGAUGUUCCGGACGCCGGAGCCUUCGCGCGUACCGCCUCCCGCCGCUGCCGACGAAGCAGCGCUACCUCAGGCUGCCGGCGCGCUUCCGCCGCCCGCGCAGCCCGCGCCCGCCGCCCCUCACCCUGCGUCGCAAGCAACAGGCGGAGGAUCCGCCGCUACUGCGCCAACACCGUAUCCUCCUCCCUCAAGCAACGAGACGUCUCCCAUUAAUUUGGUAUUACGGUUAAGAAAUACAAAGAGGGAGCUCAAUGAUAUCCGCUUUGAGUUCAUGCCAGGCAGAGACACAGCAGACGGAGUCUCUCAGGAGCUGGUCUCAGCAGGCCUGGUGGAUGGGAGGGAUUUAGUAAUAGUUGCUGCAAAUUUGCAGAAAAUAGUUGACGAGCCUCAAACCAAUAAAAAUGUCGUUUUUAAACUGGCUUCCGGAAUCGAGGGAUCGGAAAUACCAGAUGACGUCAAAUUGAUAGGCUUUGCUCAGCUCACCAUUAUUAGCUAAACUGGUGUUUACGACCUGGGGACCGUGACUUGCCUAAAAGAUGUGAAAAUUUGGGGAAAAAAAAAAAAAGUAGAUAAAUAUAUAGAGAUUAUUGCAUUAUUCUUUUCUAUGGCUGUAAAGAAAACCACUACUGCCAAAGAAAACAGCACCAUUCAACGGCCGCCUUGUUGAAUGAGGCGGCGGGCUGAAGUAUGACGUCGUACAGUAUGAGAAUCACUCGAAAAAACGUUUACAGUGUAUUUGUUCGAUGGCUGCGAGGAUGUACAACCAGCGUUUGGAUUCUUCUUUUGCUUUCCUCUGAAUUUGGAUGCAUUCGCACAAUCUCAACUUAUCAAUGCCUUAUGUUCAGCAGAACUACUGAAUGCGCAUUUUUUUUUUGGUUUCUUCUCGCUAUAAUGUACAAUGUUCGGUUUCAGUCAUCACCAAUCUGUUUUACCGUGGAGAAUCAGGCGCCCACACACACAGAAAUAAAAAGUGUAUUUAAAAACUUCAUACAUCAGUCACGAUUACACGGAAGACAAGUCAAUUGUUCGGAACUCAUUUUGUGACGUAUUUAUUUACAUUUGCUUUGAUGACGUGGUAUGUUAAUGUGUGUCCUUCAGCUAGCAUCCCAAAAUCAAACCCAAGCUGUGUCAGACUUUUUGUUGCAUGGCACUGAAAAUUCUGAGCAUUGGCGUAAACAUUAAUGAUUGCCUUAAUAUUUCUGGUCUUGCAAUAAUAGCCUUGCAGAUGUGUACAAAAAACAGAACUUGACGUCAACAUAGAAUUGGCACGAUGCUAACAUUUUCGGAAAUGUCAAUGUAUACCAUAAUAUUUGUGGCCUUAUUGAUACUGUUUAUGUGAGAUAAAAGUUGCAUGAAAAUCAGACGUAGACGUACGAGAAAUGCUAGCAUCAUUUCCAAAAAUGUUCCACGCUCGGCCUUUUUUCUGUCCCGACACAUUCUGGGGAGCGUUGAAGGAAGACAAUACUGCGGCUUCUCAUCCUUCGUCGAUUGAAAAGUUUUCUGCCUUUUGUAUACAAAGAAAAAAAAAAUGGACAAGUAUCUUUGUAAAGCGGGCAUUUGUACCACCGUACAGCCCCCCCGCUCAUGUGUGUUUACCGAGUAUUUUGAUGGUGAAUGUGCAGUGGGUGUAGUAGUGAGUCAAUCAGCUCCUUACGCUCGCCUUACAUUUGAAAAUGAACAAUCGUCAUCACUUUUCUGCUCGCACCAGCGUCCGAGUUGCGGGUCAUAAAUGCUUGGUGGACAAGAUGGGAGUGUGAGCGAGUGAAUGCUCCUAAAACGUCUGUUGUCCAGGCAAUAACUCUUUUGGGCCUGUAAUGUAGUAGCCUAAUACUAAUCACUAUCCAUGCUUUCGUUUGCUCUGCUUAGGGAGUUCCAAGCAUGUCUCUUUAAUCAAUAAAGAAUGAGCAUAUCAGUCUGAGCUUGUGUUGCCCGCUGGUGGCAGGAAAUGGCUUUUGGGCAUUUAGUAGAAAAUCACACCAACUGUUAAUUAUUUAUGAGUACUGUUUUACAGUAAGUAUUAAAGUUGUUUUACUGUAUUUUCCUUGCAGUCAUUAUUAAGCAAAUUAACACUAAUUAUGUUUAUCACGUAUCAUUACGUUUACACAAUCUUUAUUGGCAGCUGUGUAUUACUUUUUUUUGCUCAAAAUAAAUACCAUUGAAUUAUAGUGGACACAUUUAAAUCUAUUGUUACAAUGUAUUUGGUGGACAAGAUGAGAGUGUGACAAAGUGUGCGCGCGCGCACGUGUACAGUUCGGAUGACAUGCACUUAUUUAUUUUUAAACAAAAGUAUACAUAAGAAACAUACGAUUUAGUGUUUUACCGUUUAAAAUAUUUUUUUAUACAACUAUGUAUUUAGAAUUUUCACAAGUAUAUUUUAUAAGGAAAUCUAUUAAUGAAGUUUAAUAACAUUUUUUAGAGCUUUUUAAAAAUGCUCCAAAUCUUACUAAAAUAGGGCAUAUCGUUUUUUACGAACAGACCCGCCAGCUUUUAUUAAUAUGCUAGUUUUAUAUAUUUUUGUUAUUGCAUUUCAAAUGAUCUAUUUCGGGUUUCGUUUUUCCAUAGUUAUUUUUCAUUUCUGCUCGCACAGCAUUUAUUCAGGUUCUCUAGUUGGUAUAUUUCUAUUUUCUUAUUACAGCUUUUGUUCAUUGGAUAUAUGCUAUAUUUUAAUAUAUGAAUCUAUUUUAGUACCGCUUUUCCAUGUCCCAGUCUGUCCACAUGGUCGGACUUCUGGUUGGCGCUCUUGUGUUGGGCGCCGUGGCUGACAGGUUUGGCCGGCGCUUGGUGUUCUUGCUCGGGCAUCUUCUUCUUCCCUCGUCUGGCGUCGGUGCCGCAUUCUCUCCCAACAGCCACGUUUAGAUCGCUCUCAAGUUCACGCGUGGACUCUCCCCGUCGGGACUCAUUACCAAUGGAUUUGUGAUUGGUGGCGAGUGGCGCAAGUUUGCCGUCUGCACUAUCGGCAGUCACGGUUUUUAUCCCAUCGGCCUCAUGCCGUUCUCGCCUAUUUGAGCACGGAUUGGCGGAUCCUCCGACUCCCUUCCGCACCUCUUUUCUUCUUGUCCUGGCCAUAUCAUUCUGCCACCAGGAUUCUGCCAGAAUCUGCUCGCUGGCUCAGCAUUCAAGGAAGGAAGGAAGGAAGGAAGCAAGGAAGGAAGAAGGAAGGAAGGAAGGAAGAGGCCUCGAAAGACAUCCGCAGAGCGGCAAAAGUCAAGUGUCGCAAGCUCUGCUGGACAAGAUUCUGUCUGGCUUUCCGUCCGUCCGUCCACAGUAUGGAACGCUUGCUGUCUGUAUGUCGCUCGGCAGAGCGGCCUGCGUCUGAACGCCACGUGUUCCUGAACGGCAGGCAAACCGGCGCCCCUGAUAAAACUCCUGAGCGUCUACCACCGCAGCCUCCCCGUGCUGGUGUACGCCGUCGUACCCGCUAGCGCGGCGGGCCUUUCUCUGCCGCUGCCAGAGACCCUCUCAACACCGAACUUCAGGACCACGCCCGGCAACAUAAACCGAAGAAAGGAAUGACGGACGACGGAUAUGAAAAGGAAGAGGAAAACCACGGCGGAUGGACUGCUUUGUAGUUGACAAUUUUCCAUGACAGGUCCCCCUUAAAGUACCUUUUAACUGUCAUACUUGGAUGAAUAGAAGUUCGCCAGGAAAACACUGAAGUGAUUUGCAGAUGGGCUUUCGGUAUCACUGGAAUGAAGAAAGCCGUGCGGUAUUUAAAUAAUGUAAGUUACCGUAAGUUCCAUUUCCUGUUUUUUACGGUCAUCGCGGCACUCACACGACGGACCUUGUCGGGAAGUCACGUGAUGAUGACAUCACAGUUUGGCUUUGGCGAGUUGAUCCCUCAGUUCCAAACGGGCGAUGGUGGACAAGUGCACCUCAUCUGGUCCGUCGGUGAUACGCAGCGUUCUGGCGUAGGAAUACCUGUAAUUAAAAAUAAAUAAAAGUUUGUGAAGUAAAAAGUU